AGUUAGCUAGCUAAGCACCGUUUCUACUUUCUAAGCAUUUUCAAUUCACGAACCUUCCAUUCAUCACUUCCCACUUUCCCCCCUUUGAUUCACCAUUCAACUUCAACGACAAUUUUCCAUUUCAACCACAAUUAAGAAGAAUAUAUGUAACAUAACAAAAUAGUAAAAAUAAGAACGGGGGUUUUCUCAGAGAAAGAGAAAGAAAAAGGAGGAAGGGAAAAUAUUUUCUGCUGCAACCAAACAGAUCCGUUCUCUCAUCGGAGGAGAAAAGAAGUCCAGAACCACGAGGCAGCCGGGGAUAACCAUCCGAAUGGCUCCGAUUCCGUCAGAGAACGGUGUAGAUGGAGACGACGAGAGAGAAGAAGAGGAAGAGGAAGAAGUUGAAGAAGACGAAGAAGAGGAGGAGGAAGAAGAAGAUGAAGAGGAGCCACGGCUUAAGUACCAGAGAAUGGGAGGGAGCAUACCUACGAUGCUUGCCACCGAUGCUGCGUCAUGCAUCGCCGUCGCCGAGCGGAUGAUCGCGCUAGGCACUCAGUGCGGCACCGUUCACAUCCUCGAUUUUCUCGGCAAUCAGGUGAAAGAAUUCGCCGCCCAUGCUUCCGUUGUCAACGACCUUAGCUUUGACAUAGAAGGGGAAUUUAUUGGAAGCUGUUCUGAUGAUGGAUCAGUUGUUAUAAACAGUCUCUUCACUGAUGAGAAAAUGAAAUUUGAGUACCAACGACCAAUGAAAGCGAUUGCAUUGGACCCUGAAUAUGCAAGGAAUGCGUCUAGGAGAUUUGUUGCUGGUGGUUUAGCAGGUCAUUUGUAUUUAAAUUCGAAGAAAUGGUUGGGCUAUCGUGACCAGGUUUUGCAUACCGGGGAAGGCCCAAUACAUGCUGUGACAUGGAGAACAAGUCUUGUUGCUUGGGCAAAUGAUGCAGGGGUGAAGGUUUAUGAUACUGCUAAUGACCAGCGUAUAACAUUUAUCGAAAGACCGCGAGGAAGCCCACGUCCUGAGCUUCUGCGUCCUCACUUGGUUUGGCAGGAUGACACCCUCUUGGUUAUUGGCUGGGGAACAUCUGUGAAAAUUGUUUCUCUAAGGACAAAUAACCAUAAAGCAGCCAAUGGGACAUACAGGCAAGUUCCUUUGUCUGGUAUGGUGCAGGUUGAUAUUAUGGCAUCCUUUCAAACUGGCUAUUUCAUAUCAGGCAUUGCCCCCUUUGGUGAUGUAUUGGUAGUUCUAGCUUAUAUUCCUGGAGAGGAAGAUGAAAAUAAGGAUUUUAGUAGUACCGCUCCUUCGCGGCAGGGCAAUGCACAAAGGCCAGAAGUUAGAAUAGUAUCAUGGAAUAAUGAUGAACUUUCAACUGAUGCUCUACCGGUACAUGGGUUUGAGCAUUACAAGGCGAAAGACUAUUCUCUUGCUCAUGCUCCUUUCUCAGGUAGCAGCUAUGCUGGUGGUCAGUGGGCUGCAGGUGAUGAACCACUUUACUAUAUUGUAUCCCCAAAAGAUGUAGUUAUUGCAAAGCCAAGGGAUACGGAAGAUCAUAUUGCUUGGCUUCUUCAGCAUGGGUGGCAUGAAAAAGCUUUGGCUGCAGUUGAAUCUGGUCAGGGACGCAGUGAACUUCUUGAUGAGGUAGGAUCGAGGUACCUAGAUCAUUUGAUUGUGGAACGAAAAUAUGGUGAAGCAGCUUCUCUAUGUCCCAAGUUGCUGCGAGGAUCAGCUUCAGCAUGGGAGAGAUGGGUAUUUCACUUUGCCCACCUUCGUCAACUCCCUGUUUUGGUUCCUUACAUGCCAACAGAAAACCCUAGACUGCGUGAUACUGCUUAUGAGGUUGCCCUUGUGGCAUUGGCUACAAAUCCAUCUUAUCAUAAGGAUCUCUUGUCCACUGUGAAAUCUUGGCCAUCUGUAAUUUAUUCUGCGUUACCUGUAAUUUCAGCCAUCGAACCUCAGCUCAAUACUUCAUCCAUGACCGAUUCGCUCAAGGAGGCAUUGGCAGAGUUGUAUGUUAUUGCUGGGCAAUACGAUAAAGCAUUUUCAUUUUAUGCUGAUCUUAUGAAACCAGAACUCUUUGAUUUCAUUGAUAAAUAUAACCUACAAGAUUCAAUCCAUGAAAAGGUUGUCCAAUUGAUGAUGUUGGAUUGCAAGCGUGCAGUUCCUUUAUUGAUCCAGCAUAGGGACUUAAUAAGUCCACAAGAAGUUGUGAAGCAACUUCUAAAUGCUGAUGUUAAGUGUGACUGCAGAUACUUUUUACAUUUGUAUCUCCAUUCACUAUUUGAAGUAAAUCCGCAUGCUGGGAAAGACUUUCAUGAUAUACAGGUAGAACUCUAUGCAGAUUAUGAUCCAAAGAUGCUGCUACCUUUUCUACAUAGCAGUCAGCACUAUACUCUUGAGAAGGCCUAUGAAAUUUGCACUAAAAAAGAGCUACUGAAGGAGCAAGUUUUCAUCUUAGGAAGGAUGGGAAACUCAAAGCAAGCCCUAGCAGUUAUUAUAAAUAAACUGGGGGACAUUAAGGAGGCUGUAGAGUUUGUCACUAUGCAGAAUGAUGAUGAACUCUGGGAAGAAUUAAUCAAGCAAUGCAUUGACAAGCCUGAAAUGGUGGGCAUGCUAUUGGAGCACACAGUUGGAAAUCUUGAUCCCCUCUACAUUGUAAAUAAGGUUCCCAAUGGGUUGGAAAUACCUCGGCUCAGGGAUCGUCUGGUUAAAAUUAUCACUGAUUACAGGACUGAAACUUCGCUUAGACAUGGGUGCAAUGAUAUCCUUAAGGCGGACUGUGUCAACCUUUUAAUCAAGUACUACAAGGAGGCACGGCAUGGAAUUUCUUUAGGUAGUGAAGAAGACGAGCCACGAAUCAAAAAUAGUGAUACUCAUGAUUCUUCAAAAUCCCUUGGUCUGAGAAACAUGGAAGUGAAGUCAAAGACCAGGGGAGGUGGAAGAUGUUGUAUAUGUUUUGAUCCUUUCUCUAUACAGAAUGUUUCAGUCAUUGCUUUCUUUUGCUGUCAUGCUUACCACACAACUUGUCUCACGGAUUCGUCGUACACUAGUAAUAAUAGCAAGAAAGAGAUUAAGAGCAAUUCCCGAGAAACAUAUGAUGAUUACAAUGAUUAUAUGGAUGAGGAGGAGGAGGAAGAGGAUGAAGAAGCCGAAUUGGGUGCCCCUCGAAUGCGUUGUAUAUUGUGUACUACUGCUGCUAGUUGAAUGUGCUUGUGGUGUUGUAUGUGUCGACGGCUUUUUUGUUUGCAUGAUUUGAGGUUUGAGUAUAGUUCCCAUGCACGAGGAAUGUGUGUAUUAUCAUCUUGUCAAUUUUUUCAAUAUGAUUAUAUAGUUUUUCUUUUUCUUUUGUGUAA